AUGAGAUCCAUCCUCGCCUUCCUCGCAGCAGGAGCAGCAGCAGCAACAGCUGCUAUAACAGCAACAGCAACAGCUCUCACCCUCAAGAAACGACCUUCCAAACAGCCUAGACCCGUCCUCAUUUACCCAACGCGCACCCACAGCCGCUACAUGAACAGUUUCAACAACAACAACAACAACAUUGCCACCAAGAACAAUAAUACCUUCUACAUCCUCAAAGACCCAAUCCACCCAUCCCGCGACACAACCUGCCUCGUCACAUUCGACCUUCUUUCAGGACAGACGUACCAGUUAGAUUUCCACCUCAGCAGCAGCAAUAGCAAGACGAGCCCUAUCUCAACAGGCUCGCAAACUCUCGAUGUUUUUUCCACGGUGGAGUCUUCUUCUUCCACCCCAUCCAGAGACCGCCAUCUUACGCGGUUGGUAGUCAGAGAGGGGGGGACGGAGUGGGUUGGGAUGGGUGUGGAUAGUGGUGAACCGCCCAUCUUUAAAGUGCAGGAAAACAACAAACCCAUUGUGUUGGAGUUUGUUGGGGUAGGCGAUGCAGUUGAGGUUUGUUGGACGGGGGUGGAUAUGGAUGUUGGGCCUUUUAUGAGGGAUGUGACUAGUUAG